GACCUAGAACAUGCAUUACACCGCUGGCUGGCUGGACAAGUGCCGGAUCACUACAUCGUCCAAGUUUUCGGCCCUCGCAUGUUGCAGAAGUGGCAGGCAUUGCUUGUUAGCAUAGUGGAGGAAAGCGACGUUCCGGCCAUCCCCGAUGAGAGUCCACCACAACCUCGACCGUGGACAACCAACAUGCACCCGGCCCGCUACAUCGACGGCAUCGCCACACAGGAAGAAGGACUCAGCUUGUCAAUCAACCGCUUCCGACAGCAAACCAUGCGCGCAAAACUUCUGCACCAAUCCAGACUACGACCGUUGGAGAUGGAGUACCAGCAGAGCAUGGGCACAAAUCAUUUGACAGACGAUGAAAUUCUACCUGGCCAACAGGCCCGCCACGACGCGAAUGUGAACACCGUUCCGAGCACCAUUACCCCGGCCUCCACCAUGCAGUUCCACUUGAUCGCCGAGUACCUGAUGAUGGUGGAGAUCCUCGACAUCACGAUCGAUCCAGAUCCCCACUCCGCAACCCAGGAGUGCACACGCGUGGAACAAUGGUUACAUCACAACAUCAUGAUCACGGGCAUCUCCUUCCAGUUCUACCAGUCGAUCAACUAG